AUGGACCGCUUCACCUCGAUUUCAUUCAAGAAUUUCGUCUCCACGAUUGAAGGCGAAUUUCAAGUGAGAUUGGGUCACUUGUUGGCAAAAGAAAAGGACAAAGCCGAGAUGCAAAUGCAGAGCCCAACAACUACAGUCCUGAACAUUGUCGACGAAGAAACGGACGGAUAUGGGAUAAGGAAUUGGAAUUCAAAUAAAAACAUCAUGUAUAUUAUUUGCCAAUAUGUGAAAGCCGAGCCAAGCGAUGGAAUCUGUCUCAAUCCGAUUAAACCAUUUGGGCACUGUUUCCCGAUUUGUGGUGCUACUAUCGAUUUCGCGACAAACGAAGUGCAAAUCGACGAUAUAAUGGAGAUUCUCCAGAAAGUUCAAGACGAAUCGAAAACCAGAGAAAAAGUUGUGAUCAUUUUGGAACGAGUCAACGAUGAUGAUCACUCGCAUGACUUUCAGAUUUCUCUUCUCCCAAAAGAUCCGUCAACGUUUUUUGAUGAGAAAUUGUAUAUCACCUUAUCCUAUCUGAUCAAGGAAAAGCUCCUCAGAUCUGCUGCCAAUACCUACUCGUUUUUUGGCUUUAAAAUCGAGCACGCGAGAACCGAUUAUGCGUAUAGCAUUUCCUCAAAAGUCAUCGGAAGUUUCAUCUUUUUUGGGACUCUCUUGGCGAUUUUGCUCUACUAUCACAUAAAAAAUGGAACCUUCAAAAGGCUCAACCAUUCUCUUUACAUCCCACUUCCACCAGUCGCCUUUCAUCGUCAGAAUGACACUGAAGUGGUCGAGUUGAUGAACAACGUGAAAAAUCAGGAAAGCCAGAAAAGCCAUGAGGAGCCGGUGAACGAGCUCGUGAAUCCGAACUUCGAAGAAGUCGAAGAGCCAUCAAAAGAAAGCGAUCAAUCGGAGCGAUCUCUUUCCAAGAUGGAGUCUCCACUCGAGAAUUCUGAUGAGAAAUUCGCAGAUAUACCGAUGACUUUAUUGGAUUUG